UUGUUAGGGACUGAACAUCAUCCCACAGUUCCUUAUCAUCACGAAGCCAGUGGACAAGUAGAACGAUUGGUUAAAGUUGUUAUCGACACUUUCGCAGCAUGUGUCGUAAACACGAAAGAGGAGUGGGCUGAUCAUCUGCAGCUGGUUGCAUUUUUAUAUAAUACAUCUUUUAAUGAAGCAACGCUCCGGACUCCUUUCUUGUCAACGGCGGAGAUCCAAAUUUUAUUAGCAAUUUAACU